AUGAAACUCUUUGGAACAUAUCUCCUCGCCAGCGUCGCUGCUAGAAGAAAUAAGAAUAAGAAUAAAGGUGAAGGUCGACUCUAUGCCGAUUUGGGCAGCUUCCUCUCCGCCGCCCCGCCAUCCUGGUGGAACGAAAGCCAAACCGUUGGCUUCCUCAAAAACGCGCGAACUGAUGGAAAAGCUGUCUUUUCCGAUGAAGUCUGGGCAGGUGCUCGUCGAGGUGCUGGAGAGCGAAUGGGAAACCAAUACACUGCCAUUGUCAACAGAGCCUUGAGAACCUAUGCUAAAUGCAAAGACAUCACUCUCCCUGAAGACACUUUCGAGUCACGACGAAGACGAUCCACCGAGGAGGGCGGCCGAAAGAAAAAGAAGAACCGAGGCGGCAAAAAGAACAAGAAGAACAAGGAGUCUGGCCGAGGCAUCCCAGCCACCACUCCAGACAAACUCCACUGGAACAUGACCUGGAGAGUCGCCAUGGUCGUCCGAGAGACAAUGAUGUCCGACGUCAAUUGCAUCACAUCUGCUUACAGACUCUUCCAGCGAUUGGACCGAUACAACUUGAACGCGAACUACCAGUACUGCACCAACGUCAACGACAGUGCCCCUUACUGCCAGUGGCUCCAAAAGGAUGAAGAAGGACAGACGAUCUCGUACAAGACUGCCCGAAAGCAGGGCACUUACACAAAGUUCGCUAAAGGUGGCGCGAUCAGCGUCUACUCUCCAGUUUGCGAAGUGAUGGACAAACCCGCCAACGCCAACUACGAUGGAGACAUCUACUGCCCAGAAGGAUACGCCAUCAAAAUCGACCGAGCAAAAUAUGGACGAAGCACCAGAGGAUUCUGCCGAGGAGAUGCUGAUUCCAACAUCAACCUUUGCAAGGGUAAAACCGGCAGUACUGUUGUCGUCACUGACAUCAUCGCCGACAAAUGCGACGGCCUGACAAACUGCGUCAUCGAAGCCUCCAACGAGUUCCUCAACGGCGGCGAAGAUCCCUGCCCCGGAGUCGAGAAAUUGGCCGAAGUCUACCACACCUGCGAAAAGAUCGAAGAGUAA